AUGAUUUCUCUCGCAUUCGAGCUCGUAUGCGAGAGCUACGAGAUGUAUAUCUGUUCGACUAAGUACCUCGAGAUCGCCGGUUUUUCGCGCAAAUUCAUGAAUAGUCUUUAUGCUGGCAGGACGAGGAGAGCGAAUAGUAAGAAAUGGAAGCAGCAAACUCUCAACCCGGGCUCGGGUAACUGCGUCACGAAUUUCUUCUAUCACUGCUGGUAUAGUGUAGAGGGUUUCAGCAAGACUUAA